AUGAAGCUCACACUUCUUUCCCUCGCUAUCAUCUCCAGCGUGCUCGCAGCUCCUGCUCCUGCCGCAGAUCCCGAAGCUUUCCCCAUCGCAGAGCUGCUCACCAGCGACCUAUCCUUCGAGGACCAUGCCCUCACCAAACGCCAAUACUCCAGCAGCAGCUACAACCAGCUCACUGAUGGCACCGCUUGCCGAGCCAUUAGCGUGAUCUACGCGCGUGGUACUUCCCAACAGGGCAACGUGGGAGACGCCGCAGCCGUUGGCCCCUUGUUCUUCAACCAGAUCGCCAGUAAGGUGGGCGGCACAAGCCGUCUGGCCAUACAAGGUGUCACGUACCCGGCGAGUGUGUCCGGAUUCUUGCAGGGUGGAGAUGCGGCUGGAAGCACAACGAUGACCAACUUGAUCAGCACUACCGCAACCAGGUGUCCUUCCACUAAAAUCGUCCUUGCUGGUUACAGUCAGGGUGCGCAGCUCGUGCACAACGCCGCCGCCCGCACUUCUGCCACCAACGCUGCUCGCGUCGCCGCUGUCGUCGUGUUCGGUGACCCCAAGCGCGGCCAGUCUUUCGGCUCCAUCGCCGCCUCCAAGAUCCGCACCAUCUGCCACACUGGCGACGACAUCUGCGAGGGCGGCACCAGCAUCACCGCCGCCCACCUGAACUACCAGAACGACGCAGGCACCGCAGCGACGUUUGUCGCCGGAAAGGUCGCGUAA